CCACGUCAACCGUUUGACAGCUGGCAAGCUACUCGCGAGUCCGGUCUUGGUUAAUUUGUAAAUUUUUCUGAAUUUCAUAAAUAUAUUCAAAAAUGAUUACCGUUCUAAACACAAUUGAUACGGGUCACGAGGAUAUGAUACACGAUGCUGAGCUGGAUUACUACGGGUUGAGGCUAGCGACCUGUUCUUCGGAUAAUUCAGUUAAGAUUUACGACAUCAAGAGUGGUACACAAACCCUUGCUGCAGAUCUGAAAGGACACUAUGGACCUGUGUGGCAGGUUGCAUGGGCCCAUCCUAAAUACGGUAACUUAUUGGCGUCGUGCUCUUACGAUAGAAAAGUUAUCAUAUGGAAAGAGUCAGAGAGAGACUGGACAAAGUUGUAUGAAUACACCGGGCAUGAAAGCUCUGUUAACUCUAUUGCUUGGGCUCCCGCCGAGUAUGGCCUGAUUCUGGCGUGCUGCAGCUCUGACGGAUCUCUGUCCAUCAUUACCUACUCGCAGGAUGGUGGCAACUGGGAUGUUAAGAAGGUACCCGGAGCUCACGCCAUUGGAGUGAACUCUGUCAGCUGGUGCCCCGCUAUAUCCGCUGAUUUGAACUUGGACCCGCUUAGCAAUAAGGAAGCUGUAAAGAGGAUAGUCACUGGAGGAUGUGACAACUUGAUAAAAAUUUGGAGGGAACAAGGUGACACCUGGGUAGAAGAGAACAGAUUAGAAAUGCACAUGGACUGGGUGCGGGACGUAGCAUGGGCCCCAUCUCUGGGACUGCAGCGAUCCAUGAUUGCCAGCUGUUCCCAGGAUAAACGGGUUGUCAUCUGGACUAGUGAUGAUAAUGUAUCCUGGACCCCAACUAUACUGAACACUUUUGAUGAUGUUGUAUGGAGCGUGAGCUGGUCUCUUACCGGCAACAUUCUGGCUGUCUCAGGAGGAGACAACAAGGUCAGCCUGUGGAGAGAAGGGACAGACGGACAAUGGUUAUGCAUAAGCGAAGUUGCCAAAGGCUUGGGUCAAACACCAAAUGAUGAGAGAAGCACACUUUGAAUUCAUUAAUUUAUGGUUUUGUUUAUUUUAAUUAACUUGUGAAUAAUUUCCUAAUUGUAAUACAUAAUAUACAUAAUAUCAAAAAGGAUGUUUUCUUUUGUCAUUACCUAAUUUUCACACAAAGGAGGCAAAUUAAGUAACUCUGUU